CGGCAAAAAAAGAGGUCUUUUUGAAUAAGUUGGUUAUAUGUUUUUUAACAUAUAUUAAACCUUUUUAAGCUCGUUCUUUCAGUUUUUGAUAGUUUUUUUUCGGGGGAAAGAUUGGUUUUUCUGACCUCCGUAAGAAACGUCUCGAUUAACAGUCACGUGAUGUCGUUACGUCACACGUGUGUAACCCAUUUGAGGCAUUGUAGUAAACAUGGCUAGCGAGGAGGAUUGCAGUAGUAUAAGUUCGAAUAAUAGUAGUUCCAGUAGCGAUAGUAGUAGUUCCGAUGGCUCAGAGGUACUUGUAGGGGAMGGAGAGGCCAAUUCUAUUUUACCUUGGCGGUUUGAGCCCGUUGGCCGCAGACGGGAACCUUUAGAAGAAGUCCACGAGAUCGAAGACGAUGGCCGCCAUGAAAGAUUUCGAAACAGCAACUGGUGCAUGUGCGAGCAUUGUCAAAUCAUGGAUAGGCCAGUAGAGUGCAUAUGUUGCCAGGAGAUUGAUCAAAUAAAAUCAAAACUUCGUGAAGCAGUCGAAGUUGAUGGCUUKGCUGAGACCUCKUGCAUCACACAGCAYCCUGGCUUCUUAGCGGUGUGCACUAAUCGCUGGGUUCUUCAAACGGCCUGGUUUCAAUAUCGRCAAYAUUACGGAGGCGAUUUACGUGAUAUUCCCCAGCACAAACGGAAUAGACAUGUUGCAUAUCGUCAACUUGUUCGUUGGUGCUGGGGUAUUUUGGGCAAAGAAAUAAGGGUGACUUUGCCUUCAUGUGCCGUAAUGUGCAUUCGGGCUCAUUUUCCUCCUCCAGGUUUGGAAGAAGAUUUUAUUUUUACUGGGUUUAGAUAUGCAGAUGAAUAA